AUGCCUCCCAAUCAAAAUUCCAAACCAGCCAAAUUCUUGAGUUUGAUCCAGAAAGAUUCGAUGCACGCCGUGACCAUGACACAUCCACUUUCACAGCUUCAAACUGACGAAGGACUCACCGACUUCUUCUCGUUCUUCCCGGACUAUCCAGCAAAAUUUGAUAAACCGAUUUCGCUCCAUAGUCACAACCCAAUACGUACUGUGCUUGGAAACAUUGCCUCGGCUGAUUCUGAUAAUCAAGAAGAACCUUCGCGUCAUUGGAAUCCAACGCCACCCUCACAUGUAUUGGCUCGAGGACAGCAAAAUACGGGAUGCGCAGAUCAACAAGUUACAGAAUUCCGCCAACUCUUCCCAGACUUCGACUCGUAUACACUUUCCACUAAGAAGGACGGUCCUCUCCAAGGUACAUUGAAAACUUCAACGAAAGUAAACUGUAUCAAAAAGUCCGGAUGUAUUGAAAAAAGAGAGACGAGAGAAAAGAAGAGAGGACUUGCCAACGCACAUGCCAAGCCAGGCAAGAAAAAGUUCUCAAAUGAGGAAUUGAGAGAAAUAGAACAAGAAAUCGAGAGAAUGAUGGGAUCACCAAAAAUUAUCGAUGAGUCAAUUUCUGAAAAUCGACAAAAUUUAUUCGAUAAAUACCAUUUGAAAUACUAUCAAUUCCCACCAGUAUACAUUCGAGAAGUCGUGCAAGACGUGAUGGAAAAUCACAAAAAUAACAAUAAACUUCAAAAACGGAAAUAA